AUCGCAAAGUAGCUUGGUGGUCGGUUUGGAUCUUUUUUUCUCUCUCUUUGCUCGAAAUCCUCCCCUAAGAACUAUUCAGCUAUACUUUCAGCAACUCGACCUCACUUACUUUACCCAAUAUUUUUGCUUUCGGUGACCUCUCUAACUAAGUUCGAGGUAGUUUUUCAUGAAAAGACUGAUCAUGAUUUUCCUUUUGGCGUUCAUAAAAGAGCUAACCAGUGUUAGCACUGAAGCUAGCGUGACAACCAGAGGAACUACCAUCACAAUUCUCCUUCGUGGCGUUGCUAUUUGCAGGCCUUCAGAUCUGAGCAUGUUGCUCCCAAACGGAUGACUAUCAUGCCUGCCUCCCACUUCUGGAUCAUUCACGGGAAUCUGAAGGAGUACUCGUUCAUCCUUGCAGACCUCCUUUUGCUUUCAGAUCUUCCUUAAUUCUGCAUGCCGUGGAUCCAAAAGGGUGUUGGAAACAUUCCUCAGAGAUUCUGGUCCAUAUUAACACAACGGUAUCAACUCCAUCAGUGACGAGAACCACAUCCCAAAGGGUCUAGACUGGACUGAGAUCUUGUGACGGUUGACGUUGUUGGAGUCCAGUAUCAUGUUCUAGAAACCACUUACAGGAACACCAUCUCCAGAGGGCUAUUUCAGCCCAGCAGGUCUACGGCGAGAAACGGGACAACAUGGUUAUCCCCGUCCCCGAGGCAGAGUGCAACAUCACGCACUACGAGUCGCUCUACCCCGGGGAGUUCAGAAUGCCAAAGCAGCUCAUUCACAUACAGCCUUUCAGUUUGGAUACAGAGCAGCCAGACUACGACUUAGACUCCGAGGACGACACGUUUGUGAAUAAGCUGAAGAAGAAAAUGGAAAUCACCCACCUGCAGUUUGAAGAAAUGAUCGAUCGGCUGGAGAAAGGCAGUGGGCAGCAGCCUGUGAAUCUCCAGGAAGCCAAGCUGCUGCUGAAGGAGGACGAUGAGCUGAUAAAGGAGGUGUUUGACUACUGGAACCGAAAAAGGAAAACUUGUAAAAGUGGCUCCCUCAUCCCCAGCGUCAAGCAGGAGAAGAGAGACGGUUCCAGCACCAGCGACCCUUACGUGGCCUUUCGCCGUCGGACGGAAAAGAUGCAGACCAGGAAGAAUCGAAAGAACGAUGAGGCGUCGUACGAGAAGAUGCUGAAGCUGCGCAGAGACCUUAGCCGCACCGUCACCAUCUUGGAGAUGAUUAAAAAAAGGGAGAAAGUCAAGAGGGAACUGCUGCACCUCACCCUGGAAGUAGUGGAGAAACGGAAUGUAAUGCCAGAUUUUGGCAGUGAGGUGAUGGCAGAGGCCCUGGCACAGCGGGCUCUGGUGAAGCCCGUUUACACCAUCCCCAUCAUCCCCCUGUCCAACAGCAACCAGUACCGACACCAGGACCACAUGGACAUGAAGGACUACAAGAAGCCCGAGAAGGCGGAGGUUGUACGAACCAAAAGGAAAUACGAAAAGAAACCCAAAAUCUCUCCGCUGUCUGCACCUCAGCAUUCAGGACCCUCUGUGUUCAGUCCCAAGGACCUCAACCAGUACGAUUUUCCCAGCUCGGACGAAGAACCAUAUUCACAGAUCCAUUCAGGUUCCUCAGAGGCGGAGGAGGAGAGCGACCCAGAUGGCUGCUAUGCGUUCAGGAGGAAGGCGGGCUGUCAGUAUUACUCUCCUCGUCCGGAUAAGAGUGGCAGCUGGCCAUGGGUGAGCCCAUCCGAGGGCGGGAUCGGGGACCUGCGCUUCCGCUACUGUCCGACCUCGCUUAGCACGCCGCGGCACUGCGUUGGUUUGGCACGGCGCCGUGUGGGCAGAGGCGGAAGAAUCUUGUUGGACCGCGCAUACGCAGGUGAAGACGGCACCCAGAGCCUGGACUCGGACCAAGAGCCAGAACCACUCGCCUCACCACUUCUAAGCUCUUCACUCUGCAACUCCAGUACCUCAGAAAACAUUACCUCGGACUCUACCAGCUCCUCCAACCUUUUCACAUCGCCAUCGCCCCGGUCUUCGACAACGCCCGUGGACCUCAGUCGAAUUCUUUUGAACAUUAAGUCUUGCCGCUGGAGGCAUUUCAGACCCCGGACGCUAUCCCAUCACCCUUUGGGUGGAGGAGCAUUAUCUGGAGGAGGAUUUAGGGACAGUAGGCGGACUAUAUCGGGACUAACUCAGAUCGUGUCUGCUGGACAGAACCGAAGGGGUCCGGCCACCGCUCCUAUCAAUGUGUUCACAGCUGAGCAGUACCAGCAGCAUCGGGAGCAGCUGGCUCUCAUGCAGAAACAGCAGCUGGAGCAAAGUCAGCAACAACAGACCAACAGCUCCACGACGGCUCCAAACACGCAGGCCCUCGUGUCCAAGACGCUGGACCAGGCCAGUGCCCAGUUUGCUGCUUCAGCCCUCAUCACCACGGAUCAGCUGCUUGGUUUCAAAUCCAAAGAGGAGUUGGUGCUGGCGAGCGGAGUCAACGGGGUUCUGACGAGUGCCGGUGUUUUCAAAAACCUGCACCUCACCAGCACCAUGGCGACGCUCCACCAGACCAACCAGUCCACACACACUUCCGCUGUCACCGCCCAGACGUUCCUGCAGCCCUCCAACUCCAACAUCCUGGCACCUGCCGCCGUCAUUCCCACCGCCCCCGGCGCUAACACCGCUGCUGCUCUGGGCCUCCUGGGAUGCAGCGCCACCGCCCCUGCCACCACUCAGGUCCUCAUCGGGAACAACAUCUGUCUGAGCAUGCAGUCGGCCGCCAGCCUCGCCGGGCGCCACAUCCCCCGGACCCUCGGCAAUAUGCCAGCCUCUGCCUUAAAGCUGUCCACCUCCACCAACCUGCAGAUGCCCAAAGUCUCCGGAGCGUCAUCCAUGGACAUGGGCUCCAGAGAUAAUCAUGACGAAGACAAGCCAGCACUGAACAGUUUAGCAGACAACACAGUGGCCAUGGAGGUGACGUAGCAUCAGGAAUGCGACCGGAACGGCAGGACUCGGAUGCAGACUGGCAGCCUCUCGCUCGCAAUUCUCAUCUCUCAUACUUUUUUACAUCUUUUUCUUUGUUUUGUUACUGUUGAAAGUGAAAUAUUGACUCAUGUAAACUAUAAAUAUCACAAAAUGACUUAUGUGUACAGUAACUACAUAUUUGUAAUAUUCCCCAUGUGUAUAUAUUACUUGAAUACAGAAUUGUCCAUUGUGAUGUUUUGCACUUGGGAGUCAAACCUAAAGGAUAAAAAACGGAGUAAGCCAAGUAGAGUCGUGAGUGUGAGAUGUGAGAGUUGUAUAGAGAAGAGUUUUAUCAUGUGCAUGGUGCGGAGCCUGCUGUUUUUAUCUAUUUAUUGUGCCGUGUUUACAUUUUUAUUUUUUGUAAUUUUUUUGGUUGGGUUUAUUUUGAUUUGUACACUGUACCUUUGUUGGUUCCUGUGCUGUAGUCAAUGUUCGGUAGCUACGGACUCCUAGGUAUUUUUGUGAACACAAGGCAGGUUCCACCCCCCACCCGUUUAUUUCAGGUCCCCGUGCUUUUUUCUCUCUGUGGAUGGCGUGAAGGUCGGUGACAUCCCGGAGGAGGAGGAGGAGGAGGAGUCCCAACACGAUCCCAAACACAAGUAACAAAACAGGGAUGAAGUCUCUUCCCAGAAGCCCACUGCUUCUGAUUCAAGCACUAAAUUUUGUGAUUUUUUCUUUCUUUUUCAAUGCGGCUUUUGUAUUUUUUUAAAGGGGUCGUCCUUCAUUUUCAUGCAAGCAGAGUCUAUUUGUUUUCUCAGAUGUUUUUGUAAAACAGAAAAAUAUAUAUAUAUUUUUGUAUUUUUGUUUUUCCUCGUGGUUACCUUGAUUGUAAACGUUUUGAUUUACUGAAAGACUUCAUUCUUUUGCUCAUGUGUUACUUGUUGGUGCAUAGGCGAUAAGGGAGCUGAACGGGCAGUUAUCACUGUGCAUCUUUCAUCAUUCCAGUUUUUAAAAAUACAAGAAAGAGAAAAAAUAUAUUGAGGGGCUGAAGAAAAUUUUAUUUUCCUCACUCCCUUUCUUUUUUUUUUUCUUUGUAAAAAUAAUCUCCAGAUGGCUGCAGGGCCAAAAAAAAACAAAAAAAAGAACGACAAUACCACAAGCAUUUGGGUGCCUUCCUUUGGGGAAAUGUAUAUACUCUCUUCUGUGAAGAGUUAGGCACAAAGGCAGCAUUACUUAGUAGUGCCACGCGUCUUUGUCAGAAUCUGAAUGCCCAGUCCAAUGGCAGAGUAUAUCCUUGAAGUUUACUUGUCCCACCUGGAGGCUGAAAUAACUUUAAAAAAAUGUGACCGAACUCACUAAAACAAGACAAUAAAGCCCAGGGCAUUAAAUGUGAAA